GCAUGAGCAACGAACGGAAGCGCGGCAGGGAGGGGUGGUGUUUAUUAAAGGUGUUGUUUGCCUGGUUAUUUGGUGUUUGACGUGUACUCCUACAAACAAACCAUAGCAAACUUUCAGUUACUACAGUAGUCGUUCAUAAGUCGUCAAGUCGCCAACCUCCUCAACAUCAACUCGAGAAUCGCCACCCGUUGCCAUCACAUCCAAGAUGGACCCACCACCGCGAAAGAUAGAUCUGAGCGGGACGCCGCGUGAGAUCGGCCUCACCCACGGCGCCCUCCUCGCGACCGAAAUCCGCCGCCAGAUCUCCACCUACGACGCUAUGUUCCAGCAAACCUCAGCGCUCGACUGGCCCGCUGUGCGCGACGUCGCCCGCGAGUACCGCCCCACCAUCGAGCGCCUCACGCCCGACAUCUACGCCGAAAUGGUGGGCAUCGCCGACGGCGCCGGCCUCGACAUCCUCGAUAUCGUCGCGCUGAACUGCCGCAGCGAGAUCGCGUUGGGGUUGUUUUCGGACGGGUGCUCGAGUCUAGGGUGGAAGUUGCACGGGGAUGGGGGGACGGUGUUGGCGCAGAAUUGGGAUUGGACGAAGAGGGUCAAGCCGAAUUUGGUCAUGAUGUCGAUUAAGCAGGUGGACAAGCCGACGGUUUAUAUGAUUACUGAGGCUGGUAUUGUUGGGAAGAUUGGCUUCAACUCGCUGUCCGUGGGUACGUUGUUGAACGCUGUGCGAGCUCGUCCAACGAUUCCGUCGAAAAUCCCGAUUCAUGUGGCGCUUCGAGUCUGUCUGAACUCUGUCUCGGCUGCUACGGCUAUCGCAGAGUUGGAGGCGUUGGGAGGGGUGGCAAGCUCGCAGCACAUCCUCAUCGCGGACCGUGAUGGUCCAAUUGGGUUGGAGGUGUCGCCAAAUGGCAGUGUUCACCUCAAACCAGACAGCAACGGCAUUGUGGUUCACACGAACCACUUCAUCGAAAAUCGCUUGGUCGACGAGCGGCCGUGGCUUGCGGGAUCGCCUAUUCGCCUGGAGAGAAUGAAGAAACUCACGGGCGAGCUGGUCUCGAGUGGAGAGGCUCCCAAAGGUGAGGUGCUAAGACAGAAGGUGUUCUCUGACACGUUCAACGCGCCACAAGCUAUCUGCUGUAAAGAAGACCCGUCGAGGCCUUUGCCAACGCGGAGUAGCACUCUGUUUUGCAUUGUCAUGAACUUCGCGAAGGGCACAAAGCCAAGCGCUGAGCUGGUAUGGGGUAUGCCGGGUAGUGGAAAUGAGGGUGGGGUGUUGAGUAUGCCAUGGUAAACGGCGGUCGCAAGCUGAAAGUUUGACGCGUGGAGGCCGCGAGAUGAGAUGACGCGGACGCUAGUUUGUUUCUAUCCUUCACUACCCAACACUGAAAAUAAAAUCAAUAGCAGAAACUUAGAUCAGUGGUAGUCAUCUCGAA